AAAAAAUUAUACAACAUGGUGAAACUAACUCCAGAAGAGAAGGCAGAAAAAAAGGCUCAGAAAAAGAAACAAGCGUUGGAAAAGAAGCGUCAACUAAAGCGUGAUGUGUUGGACAGAGAGCUCCGGCUUGCGGACAUAACACUGGAAAGACAUGAACAAAACUGGAAGGAAAUGCUCCUCAAAGUGGCCCUGCCACGUAUGAAGGAGGAGUUAGAAUUUGCUUGGCACAAUUUCGAACGAGUCAUCGAUUCAAAGGACUUCCAAAUAUCCUUGCUAAUGGACGAACUUCGACUUUCCGGCGAACAAUACAUGUUGAACUUUAAGAAUCACAUUGAAAAUUUGGAGAAACUUAUUAAAAUGUUUUACAACAGACUUCAGGAAUUUAAAAGGGAUAAUGCAACUCAGGUUGCGAAGUUACAAGGAGAGUUGAGAGAAGAAAUGGAAAAUGAAGCUAAAAAGGCGGCGUCCGGCGAGGAGUACUUGAAAACUAUGUUGUUCACUUUGGAGGUCAAAGCUAAAGAACAAGAGGAAGUAGAAAAAGUGGAAUAUUUUGCCAAAUUGGACGAGGAUGAAACCAAGUUUAGUCAGAUAGUUACUACGUUAAAAGGAACGCUGGAAAACCGAUACCAAGCUUUGUACAAAGAAUCAGUUAAUUACAUAAACUCGUGUAACAGAAAAGUGCAGGACAGGAAAAAGGAGUACAAACAACUGAAGGAUCAAGACGACGCCCUACAAAUAUUGCAAGCCGAACAGGUGGAGAAGAUGUUUAAACUGGUGGAGUAUAUCAAAAAGUUGCGCCACAAGCAGAAAGUUUUGGAGGGGACGCUCGGUGAGAGGAUCAAAGAUAUGAUUGGCCAGCACAAGUUUUUCUUUGACGCUUUCAUGUUACUGAAAAAGAAGCUGGAACAAGACAGGAAGUUGGACUUUAACCAGUUAAAACUGCUUGGACAAAACUACAACGUCAUAAAAGAGUACUUGGACAAAACCGAGAUUAAAGGCGGUCACAUUUUAGAAUUGGCCAGUUCUUGCAGACAAUUGGAAACGUUGGAGGAGAAAAUUAUGCCGUUCCCGGUGAACAUUACAAAAGAAUCGAUUAGAUGCAAACAAUCUGACAUUAUGUUGAAAGGUUAUGAGAAUUUGUUGCAUCUAUUUUGGGCAAGAGUUGGACAAGCUGAUGCUUCCAGGUAUGCGAUUAAUGAAGAGUGUGAGUUCUUGAGAUUGGAGAACGAACUGUUGAAGAUGAAGAUCCACAGAUUCUGUUUGUGUUUAGUUUGUGGAGAAAACACAGACAGAGCAAUUGUUAAAAUGUAAUAUUAAUUACAAUUUUGAACUCAAUAUUUCAGUGAUUACUUGAAAUUAUAAUAUAUAUUAUAAUAACUUUAAAUUUACAAAUAAUUCAGCAUUUAUAUACUUA